AUGAAAGUUUUAAAAACAAGUAAAAAUAAUUUUGUUCAUCCAAAUAAAAGUAAUCAAUAUAAUUGCAACGAUCAACCAUAUGAUUCAUUAUUCAGAAAAAACUGUGUAUCGUUCUAUGAAGAUUUCGAUACCGAAGCAAUAUUCUUAUUAGAUAAAGGAAGUCGUCCUAUUUAUCACAAACUGAAAGAUAAAGAAUGGGGUUCUUCUAAUAAUCAAAAAGACACAGAAAAGAAAAAGAAGAAAGAGGAAUUUGAAAAAAUUGAUGAAAUUAUAAGCAAUGCUGAACAUUUAAAUAAUUUAAGAAACAAAUUAUACAGUUUUGAAUAUCAGAACAUUUUAGAACCACUGGGCAUAUAUAUUUCUCAGCAAGAGGACAAAGAAGAGAACAUAAAAAGGGAAAUGGGAAAUUUUUAUAAAGAUGAAUAUGAAAUCCUAAAAAAGAAAUAUAUUCAUCUUAAAGAAAAUAUGGACACCAUAUUGGACGUCGAAAGGAUUAAGGCUGGGUUAUUUUACACCAAGGAAGAUUUACAAAAAAUUUUUGAGAUAAUAAGAAAACACCAAUCCAAGAUUAAUAACAAAAAUGAUAUAAUAAAAUUUCAGAGUAGUAUGUUGGAAAAAGCCAUAGAACAUAACAAAAAAAACAAAUUGACGAUUAUAAAGGAUAAAAGGAAGAAUGAAAAACUAUUGGAGAUUUGCAAAUCAUACUACGAACAAAAUGAAAAGGCUCAAAAAAAACUCAGACAUUUAAAAUACUCUUUCCUCGAAUAUAAAAUAGCCCUAGAAAAUAUUGUGUCGUGUUGUGAAAAAAUUGGGGGUGACAAGAUUAUUUUAAUGGAUGGAAUAAAAUCAGCUCGGGCACAAGCAGACAUGUCAAUUGCAAAUGAUAUAAAAAAUAAGAUCAAAAUUGAGGAAUUGGAAAUGAACAUUAGUUAUUGUGAACAGCAAAUAAACUAUCUGAAGGAUGAUUUGGAUUUUAAAAUGGAAGAAUUAAGAAAUACCACCUUAUACACUGAGGAGGUUAAAAAUGAAGCGUCUUACUUUAAACAAGAGCUCUCCAAGAAUAAUGACCUACUAUUAGAGGUUAUGGAACAUUUUCAUCAAAUGAUUAACAACGUCGAUGAAUUCAUUUAUAAAAAUAAGGACAAGAAUGAACUUAUAACAUAUAUGAAUAAAAAGAAGAAAAAGUAUGGAGAUAUUACCAAGAAGAUAUCCGAGAAAAAUAAGGAGCUAAAUUUGAAAGUGAAAAAUUUUGUUCCGUACAAUUUUUCCAUGGGAACAGAAUUGAAGAAGCAUGAGGAAUAUUUGAAAAUUCAAAUGGAUGAAAUGAAGAAAAAGGAAGAGGAGGAAAAAAGAAAAAGGAGAGAAGAGGAGGAGGAAGAACAAAAAAAAAGGAAAGAAGAAGAGGAGGAAGAACAAAAAAAAAGGAAAGAGGAAGAAGAGAAGAUAGAAAAAAAAAAGAAAGAGGAAGAGGAGGAAAAGAGAAAGAAGGAAGAACAAGAAUUAUUAGAAGAAAAGGAUAUAAAAAAUAAUGAAACUUUUGAAGAAAAAAAAAUAAGACUAGUGAAAGAAUUAAUGAAAGAAGUUAAUGAGGAGACGUUAAGUUUGGAGAAAUGUGUAGAUAUUAUAUACAAAGCGAAUUUACCAUUAACUCAAAAUAAAUUAAAUAAAUUAAAAAAUAUGGGAGAUAUAAAAAAAGACGAAUUAGUUACUUUUGUAAAGACGCUAAUGUUGAAUGAACAGGAAGCUUUUGAAAACAUGAAAACUUUUUUCGAAAUAUGGGAUAUAAUGAAAACGGGUUAUAUGCAUAAGAAUCUCAUCAUAUCUAUUUUGAAACAAUUUGGAGAUAACUUAACAGAAGAGGAAUCAAAUUAUAUACAGAAGGAACUAAACCAAAUGAGCGAGUCUAAUAUAUCUUAUGUGAAACUGCUCAAAAAAUGGAUUUAUGGAACCGAAGAAUAA